GCCUGCAUUUGGACUUCAGGAGAAUCUGACGAAGAGCAAAGAUGCGCACCUUUGAGCUGUUCUGCGUGGCUUUCUUGUGCCUCUGCCCGAUGGCCUGGGCCUCCUCCGGCCGCGAGCCGUGCCGAUCCCCAGCAAAGACCAGCGGCAUGCUCUGUGUGACUUCCACCAAAGAUGAUACGACCGCAUGGGGGGAGUUCGACUACGAUUCCUCUAACAAAUUCCUACGCUUUGUGGAGGACAGCAGCAAAUCAAACAAAUCCUCCCACCUGGACAUACUUAUACACUUUGAGAAGGAUGUGUUUUAUGAGUUGGAUAGCAAGAACGAGAGCUGUAAAAAGAGGCCCAUGCACUCUCAAAAGCACCCCAUGGAGGUCCCGAUCGACGCCACACACGUAGACGAGCUGUACUUGGGAAGCCCUGAUAAGGCCGACCAGGGCCUCAGAGUGCGCAUGUGGUCCGGCAAUAUGUCUCUCAACGACACGCAUCACUCACAGGCCCACUACUCGAUCAUGACUACGUCCUGCGGGUGCAUCACCGUCUCCUGCACCUACCACAGUGAGAAGAAUGACCUCGUCUUCAGUUUCUUCAACGUAAAGCCUGAGGCUGAUGAUCAAAUGUUCAACCUUCCUGAUUACUGUGAUAACGUGUCUUUAGAGGAAGAUAGUGAAGAUCACAGCUUCUUUGAUCUGUUCCAUGAAUGAAUCGUCAAAAACAUAUGAAUCAAUCAACACACAGGAUUAUGGCAUAACACGAAUCUAAAAAAAAAAAAAAAACAGAAGAAAAA